UAUAUACAAGUAGUACCAAAACGGAAUAUACAGAAACCGCAAAUAUAUAAAAAAGCACGGUGGAGACGCCGGCAUUCACGAGAGAGAAGAUGGGCGGUUGGGCUAUAGCGGUGCACGGCGGCGCUGGUGUGGACCCAAACCUCCCUAUUCAACGUCAGGAAGAGGCCAGGCAACUCCUCACUCGUUGCCUUAACAUCGGCAUCUCCGCCCUCCGCUCCUCUCUCUCUCCAAUUGAUGUCGUCGAGCUCGUCAUUCGAGAAUUAGAGAGUGAUCCCCUGUUUAAUUCUGGCCGUGGAUCCGCACUCACGGCGAAAGGGACGGCGGAGAUGGAGGCCAGCAUCAUGGACGGGGUCGGGCGACGCUGCGGUGCCGUCUCCGGCGUCACCACCGUCAAGAAUCCCAUCUCUCUCGCCCGUCUCGUCAUGGACAAAUCGCCGCAUUCCUAUCUUGCUUUCUCCGGCGCCGAGGAAUUUGCCAAACAACAGGGCGUGGAGAUGGUUGACAAUGACUACUUCAUCACCGAGGACAACCUCGGAAUGCUCAAAUUGGCCAAAGAAGCCAACUCCAUCAUAUUCGAUUACCGGAUCCCUCUAACCGGGUCGGACAUCUGCGAAAAGGCGGCGGACGCUCCGCCGCUGAUGAUGAACGGCCUUCCGAUCAGCGUGUACGCCCCGGAGACGGUGGGGUGCGUGGUGGUGGACGGGCAGGGGCGGUGCGCGGCGGGGACGUCCACGGGCGGGCUGAUGAACAAGAUGUCGGGCCGGAUCGGGGACUCCCCGAUAAUCGGGUCGGGCACGUACGCGUGCGACGUGUGCGCGGUGUCGUGCACGGGCGAGGGCGAGGCCAUCAUACGCGGCACCGUGGCGCGUGACGUGGCGGCCGUGAUGGAGUACAAGGGCUUGGGGCUGCAGGAGGCGGUGGACUUCGUGAUCGAGACGCGGCUCGACGGCGGCGGCCAGGCCGGGCUCAUCGCGGUGUCGAGCAAAGGGGAGGUGGUGUGUGGGUUCAAUUCCAAUGGGAUGUUCAGGGGCUGUGCUACUGAAGAUGGAUUCAUGGAAGUUGGGAUUUGGAAUUAGUACAUAAGUAUUUUAUAGUCUCAUUUAGUAGUAGUAGUAUUGCUAUUGCUAAUUUGCUAUGUGGUGUUUCCCUCUAAAAUAAAUUGCCUAGAUUCCUAAAUUUUGGAAGGGUUAGGUGCGAAACAUUUUGUAUGUGUUGCAACAGGCCAGGGUUAUCACUUGUUUGCCUAAAUGUUUUGAAUACAUCUUUCUUUCCAUUUGGUUUUACAAUCA